GCGCAGUGGCCGCCGCUGCCCCUGCCGCCGCCGCAGGCGGGCCGCCGAGGGAGCGGCUCCGGGUGCGCAGUGCGGAGGGCGGGAGCCGAGCCAGCUCCGAAGAGCAGCCGCGCUGCGCCGCCGCUGCAGCAGCGGGGGCCGCUCUCCCGAUCUGAAGGGGGCCGCUUUUCAUCGGAGUCCAGCCCCUCCCUGCAUCCCAGCCCCCAAUCCAGGGGCACCCAAGGAAAGGCUGUUCUUGAACCGGGCCCUGGCCCUGGCAGGCUGGGCCCCCAGGUGGACUGCCCCUGCCUCCUCCCAGCCUCCGGUUGUGCUUCCCACCUGACACCAUGGGCACGGUCCUGUCCCUGUCCCCCAGCUACCGGAAGGCCACGAUCUUUGAGGAUGGCUCGGCCACUGUGGGCCAUUACACCGCUGUGCAAAACAGCAAAAACGCCAAGGACAAGAGCUUGAAAAGGCACUCCAUCAUCUCUGUGUUGCCCUGGAAGAGGAUCGUGGCCGUGUCAGCCAAGAAGAAAAACUCCAAGAAGGUCCAGCCCAACAGCAGUUACCAGAACAACAUCACCCACCUGAACAAUGAGAACCUGAAGAAGUCGCUCUCUUGUGCCAACCUGUCCACAUUCGCCCAGCCCCAGCCCACCCAGCCACCGGCCCCCAGUGCCAACCAGCUGUCUGGUUCCCAGACCGCUGUGUCCUCUGUCAAGAAGGCCCCCCACCCCAACUCCACUGCUCCCGGGACGCCCAAGCGGGUCAUCGUCCAGGCCUCCACCAGCGAACUCCUGCGGUGCUUAGGGGAGUUCCUGUGCCGGAGAUGCUACCGCCUCAAGCACCUAUCCCCCACGGAUCCAGUGCUCUGGUUGCGAAGUGUUGACCGUUCGCUGCUCCUUCAAGGCUGGCAGGACCAGGGCUUCAUCACACCGGCCAACGUGGUCUUCCUGUACAUGCUCUGCAGGGACGUCAUUUCCUCCGAGGUCGCCACAGACCAUGAGCUCCAGGCUGUCCUGUUGACCUGCCUGUACCUGUCCUACUCCUACAUGGGCAAUGAGAUCUCCUACCCGCUCAAGCCCUUCCUGGUGGAGAGCUGUAAGGAGGCAUUUUGGGACCGCUGCCUCUCCAUUAUCAAUCUCAUGAGCCCCAAGAUGCUCCAGAUUAAUGCUGACCCCCACUACUUCACUCAGGUGUUUGCUGACCUGAAGAAUGAAUGCAGUCAGGAGGACAAGAAUCGGCUCCUAAUUGGGCUUGACCGGUGAAUUCCACUCCUGCGUGUGCGGCUUACGGGAACAGUACAUUUUUUAAUUUAUUAUUAAACACAAAGUUUUGUGAACAUAUGUGUCUAGGAAAGCCACUGAAGGGCCUCCCUAUUCUUGGCCUCCCCGACCCCUGGUUUAGUCCAGCCCUGGUCCUUAACUUCUGACUGCUCUGGGGAGCGUUUUGUUUUUUUUUUUUUUUUGUUGUUGUUUGUCUGCAAACCUUUUGCAGAGUUUAGGUGAUGAUUUCCAAGUUGUUUUCUGGCCACUGAAUCCUUGCUCUCCAUAACUUCAAAGGACUGGCUAUUCUUGUCCCUUAUUAUACCCCUUUUGCCAUCUCCCCUUGGCCUGGUCUUGGGAAUGGGGUGAGGAGAUGGUGAACUUUGGGAAGUCUUAGCUUAUCCUACAGAGAUCCCUUGUCCUAGAAAUGGAUCUUACUCUUCCUGGCCGCAGUCCCCUUACUCACCCAGUUCUACCCCUAUCCCUUUCCCCAGUCCCAGGGAGGGAGAGGAAUUAAUUUCCCCAAGUGGCAGCUGUGUCCUGAAUGACUGGGGGCUCCUCCCAAGGAUACCACCCUGGGCCUUGCCAAUACAUUGAGCUGGGAGCUCUCAGUUCCUGGCUGCCCUGGAACCAACUUGUAGCCCACAUCACUCUAAUUAGCAGAAAAUGGCUGACAGAGGGAAAAAAAUCAAUCUUGAAUUUUUUUUUUAACCUUUUGUUAUGCUGGGUGUUUUAGGGGAAAUUUCUCAGAGUGGGAAAAAGGAAGGCCUGUAAUUUAGAAUUCCAUUCUCCCUGUCCUGUUUCUUAUUUAUCCCAGGCCCUAGGUGUUCCCUCCUGGCUAGUGAAGCUGGUCAGACUCAUUAGGCUAUCUGGAUCAUGGUAGCAGCCUCCCGAGUCCCAGUGAAAGGGGUGGGACUGUGCUUAGGGAUAUCUGCUUUUCUUUUGGAGAAUAAUUUAUCUGAAUAAUGCCACUUAGUCACCUGGUGUGUCAUAUCUGUGGAUGGGGGAUACUGCUAUAGCUGCCUGGCAGAAGCCUGGCUCCCUUGUGGGAAGGCCCAGUGGACUCUUGAGUUGGUGCUUAGCUCAGGAUGGGGUCAUUUUCUUGUCCACAUGGCACAGGGCCUACAGCUAGUUCAGUUGAUCUGGGCUGGCCCUGGCAUCAAGGUGCCCCACUCCCUCACCCAGCCCUGCCAAUUUCAAGUUGUUUCCAAACAGCUUGUGCAGAGCCCCCCCCCCCACAGGCCCAGGGAUGGGAGUUGGAUCUCGUAGAUGAUUAUGAAAUCUGGACUCACACCCUAAUUGCUCCUGGAGCCUGUUCAGUUGACAGUGUGUCAUCUAAACCACUGGUCCUCACUUUUUCCAGUGGCUGCCGUGGACACUUGUCACACUUGCGGAUGCUCGGCUCUUACCUUUAGUAGCUUGGAACUUUAGGGACAAUGGAGAGGAGGGAGCAAGUCUGUUUCAGUAACCCUUCACCCUGGCAGUGGGGAACAAAGGUGGCUGACACUACAAGAGAUUCUUCUCUUUGGCCUGACAACCCAGGGGAAGGUUGGCCCUGUUGGUGCUGGAAUUCUUACAGAAUGAGAGAUAAAGGGUCAUUUUGCUUAGGGUUAGGUAGAACACUAGUUGGAUGGUUGCUGGAGUCAGCAGCAAAUACUCCUGGAGUGAAAAGUCAAAAUGUAUUUUUUUUUAAACAAAAAAAGAAAAAAAGGAAGAGAAAGCUGUGAAAUCGAGGCCUUUGGCUGGAGCAGGCAGCCAGCUUGAGGCAGCCUGUGGUGCCCGGAGGGAUAUAGGUGAGGGUACCUGGAUUGUACAGGUAAGGAAGGAGAGCGUCUGCCCAGCCUCAGUGGUGAGGCCUAAACUGAGCCAUUAACGUGGACUGUAAGAUAUUCUUUGGACAUGGAACUGGAACAUGGAGCCUCUGUAAAGUGACCGGCACGAUGCCUGGCUGGACAGCUGGAAUCUUCCCUCGAUCGACUUUUCCUGUGGCUUGUUCCCUUUCUGCUCCUACAUCAUGUGAUGAGCUCUGCCCUUGGUCUUGGUGUGGGACCUUGUCCCCCCAUGUGGCACAGAAAGAGGGAGCUUCGGGUGCCAAGGAACUGAAGGAAGAACGAGGGUGACUUGUUUUUAAUCCCAAGUCAGGCUAGCUGAGCCUGGACUGAAACUCUCUGGUUGAGCUCCUUUCAUUGGAUUCCAGUUUUGGGUCUGUUUCCUUCUCUUUCCCUGUAUUUAUUUAUUUUUUUCCCCUAGGGGAGGAGGAAGCGGAGGUGCAAGUUUCAGAGGUGGUUGGGGCCUAAAGGAAAAAAAAUCCACCUUGUAGUUAAAUCAUUGUAAAGUAUAUUGUUCCCUGCCCCUCUCCUUCCCUGCACCGAUCACCAGUGUUGUGUAAAGGACCAACUGAUAUACUUGAGUGUGCAAGCAAUGGACACAACUGACAUGCUGCUAUGAAGAAUACUUUUAGAACAAAAAGAAAAAAAAAGAAAAAAACUAACCAACAAAAAAACAACAAAACAGCCCCUUUCUUCUUUGUUGCUUUUACAGUGAUCUCGUGCAUGCAAACAGGCGCAUUUUGUGUCUUCAGAAAAUAAUCUUAGAACAGAUGGUUGUGAACAUUUACACCCAUGCACAAACCAAGUCAGAGGAAUCUCUCUCAGUAUCUGGUUUCUCUCUUUUCUCCUCUUCUUCCCAUCAGCCCUGGGGGGAUCAAUGGAUUUCUUACCAUGCAGUUUUUAGGGUUUAGUUUGAUUCCAGCAGUUGUUAAACUUGCAAUGAAAGAAAAUGUGCCAUUUCCCCCCUCUUCCCCUCCCCCCACUUGAAAUGAUCCACAGCUGUAUAUUUGAAACUGCUAAUUACCCAUGUGCGUGUGGUGUAUGUUGGUUUUUUUUUUAGUGCAGUUUCCUCUGUAGAUCUCCUUUGACCAAAUUGUGGGUGUUGUUAAUAUUAAUUUAUAUUUGUCUCAUUUUGUAUGUAUGUGUAGCGUGUUUGUAAGUAUGUGUGGUUUAUAAUCUGACAAAGUCAUGAAGCUCAGUCUGGCUGUAAUUUAAUUCCCUGCCCUUAUUUUUAUUUAUUUUUGUACCGUGCUGAUUAAAUAAAAUGCACUGACCAUCCAUUAUGCA